CAUCGUCAUUUUGUCGUGCGUGAACCCGAAACACUGAGAAGGAUGGAGGAAGAGGCACGCAGGCUUCUCGAGGAAGGAAUUAUAAAGAAACUGGUCAGUCCCGGCAGAGGAGAGCUGUCCACCUUUCCUGAUGGGACUAAGGUGGUCUUCCACUACCGCACCAGCCUGUGUGAUGGCACAUUGCUGGAUGACUCCAGAAACAUGGGCGGCCACAACAAACCCAUGGAGCUUAUUUUGGGCAAGAAGUUUAAACUAGCUGUGUGGGAGAGAGUGGUCAUCACCAUGAGAGCAGGUGAAAUUGCAGAAUUCACCUGUGAUCCUAAGCACACAGCACUGUACCCACUGGUGUCCCAGUCCCUGAGAAACAUCAGUGCUGGUAAGGACCCCCUGGAAGGCCAGCGGCACUGCUGUGGCAUUGCCCAGAUCCACUCCCACCAUUCUUUGGGGCACAAGGAUCUGGAGAGUCUUCAGGCCAAUCCACAGCCUCUUGUCUUCUCCAUCGAGCUUCUUGAGGUUCUGAUUCCAGGGUCGUUCCAGCUGGACGUGUGGGCUAUGUCGGACGAAGAAAAACUCAAACUCGUGCCUCAGAUUCACGAGGAGGGUAACAUGUUCUUUAAACAAGGCCAAAUUAAGGAAGCUACUGAGAAGUACUACAAUGGCAUUGCGUGCCUCAAAAACCUACAGAUGAAGGAACAUCCUGGAGAUGAAGCAUGGGUAAAGUUGGAUCUUAUGAUCACACCACUGCUCCUCAACUACUGCCAGUGCAAGUUACUCCAAGGCCAGUACUACGAAGUCAUAGAGCACUGCACGUCCUUGGUCUUCAGAUAUGAGGACAAUGUGAAGGCCUUCUACAAGCGAGCUAAGGCCCACGCCGCAGUGUGGAAUGAGAAAGAAGCACGAGCUGACUUUGCUAAGGUGUUGGAGUUGGACCCAUCUCUGGGGCCGUCUGUAGCCAAGGAGCUGAGGGCUAUGGAGGAGAGGAUUCGUUCUAAGGACAAGGAGGAUAAGGGUCGCUACAAAAGCCUAUUCGACUACAACACACCACCAGCCACUGCUACUACAGGUUGAACUUCUCAUUGGGUUGGAAACAAGUGGAUGCCUGUGAAUUUCAAGACAGAGGAGGAACUGUAGACUCUGCUGGUGUUUUGUUUUAUCCUUAAUGCACCCAAGUCAAACUCUGCCCCCAUGGAAACAUUGUCUUGUUGUUCAGUUGUACACUCAUACACACCCAUCAAUUAACCUCAGUAUAAUUUCCAUUCCUGCCAUAUUACUUUAAAAAGGCCCUCUCUUUUGUUGGAAAGUAAAUUAUUUGAUUGGUGGCUUUAGAUUAAAUUCCAAAUGCCAUAAUAAUCCACUGUGGUCUGACCCAUAACUCUAAAUUUGAGGUCUUAUGAAGCCUGUUAGGUUUCAGAAAUGUCAGAUUCUUUGUAAAUAACAUGCCGACGGUGACCCUUGGCUACAAUUUUCAAAGGAAUUGCGAAAGAUAUUUAUCUUUUGUUUGAUUUAACUUGUGGAAGCACUUGUGGAAGUCGUUAUACAGCCUUUAUAUAUCAACCAUCAAUUUGCUACCAUUAUUACUUAAUGCCUUUACUGUUGUAUUGCUUUGUCUGAAAUGUGAAAAGCUGUUUUAGCCCAACAAAGAAAACCAAACAAAUGUAAUUCUGCACAAAGAUUGUGACGUACUCAUGCACACCAUAGCCUUGCACUGUCAGAUCAUGCUUUCUCUCCUGGUCAAUAGUGUAAGCAGGAGACCACUGUCUCCCGGUCGAAGUGACUGGGAAACUAAGCUGACUGACAAUCAUUAGACUCAUGAAAUUGAAUUAUUUUAUUUCUCCUGUGUACUUAUUUGAUGUUAGAAAUAGCAGCAGUGUUCUGUGUCAAAAUGAACUUGUCUAAACCCUCAGUAUGUUCUUCACUUGCUGUUACACUUGCUUUGAAAGAAUUUAAUUCACGUGAAGCAGUUGCCGUUUAUCAAGUAAGAUGUCACGGAGGUCGUAAUCUUGUAAUUGAAAAUAAAUUUGUUUAUCCCAAA